GAGGAGGUUGGAGGUGAGGAAAGCAGCUGAUUGGCUGAGAGUAAGGAGCGUCUGUCAGUCUCACCGACUCCACCCGGGGGGUGGCUUUUAAGGCCCUGAGAUGGAAGCUCCCAUAACCAGGCAGAGAAGGAGAAGAGGAGGAGGUACAGGAGGGAGAGAAGCCGGAGUCUGGAGCGCACAGAAGCACGAGGACACCGUGAGGAAGAACUGCUGAAAAACAACAACAAACAAACUCCAAAAUCUAAAGUUGAAAUGAACCAACCUGUGUGGAUUUUCGAGGACACGAUCUGAGAGGAGGACGGUGUGGGAGUCAGGAGGAGAUCUUUUCCUGGCAGACACAGCAGAGUUAGCCUCGGCCAUGCAGCACUACGGAGUGAACGGCUACUCUCUCCACGCCAUGAACUCACUGAGCGCCAUGUACAAUCUUCACCAGCAGGCGGCGCAACAGGCUCAGCACGCCCCCGACUACAGGCCCUCGGUCCAUGCCCUCACACUGGCAGAGAGACUCGCUGGCUGCACAUUUCAAGACAUUAUCCUUGAGGCCCGCUAUGGCUCCCAGCACAGGAAACAGAGACGCAGUCGCACAGCCUUCACCGCCCAGCAGCUGGAGGCGCUGGAGAAGACCUUCCAGAAGACCCACUAUCCUGAUGUGGUGAUGAGGGAACGUCUGGCCAUGUGCACCAACCUACCAGAGGCUCGGGUGCAGGUCUGGUUCAAGAACCGUCGGGCCAAGUUUCGCAAGAAGCAGCGUAGCCUGCAGAAAGAACAGCUUCAGAAACAGAAGGAGGCGUCGGCGACAUCAGAGAGCUCCACAGAAGACUCCAAGAGUAACCUCAGCAGCAGCAGCAGCAGCAGCAGCAGCAGCAACACGGCCGCCACCACGGUUCUGCCUGAGUCCCACACUCCAACCAUUCCCACCGCCCUCUCCUCAGAGACAGAGACGCUUCAGCCUGGAGAGAUGAGCGUGGAAGUCAACGUCACCUCCCCUGAGCCGUCAGACAGCGAGUCAGCAGCAGAAGAUAAUGCUGACAGAGAGGAGGAGGAGGAAACCAGAGGGGAGUCCAGGGUGAAGAUCAGAGAGGAGACGCAGAGAGAGGGGGGAGCACCGCCACGGAGCAGCUCCCCAUCCUGCAAACCUCUCAGCCCUACAGCAGAUCACCUAAUGAAUCCCUCCGCCUUGUUCUCCUCCUCAGACUCUCCUCUGAACUCCCCUGCCCUGCCCUCGUCCUCCAGCAGUGUGGCCAGUGGCUUUGCUCAGAGCAACUCCUACGCCUCCUCUCCCCUCAGCCUCUUCCGGCUGCAGGAGCAGUUUCGGCAGCACAUGGCUGCCACCAACAACCUGGUUCACUACCCCUCCUUUGACAUGAGCGCACCGUCCUCUCUUCCUUACCUGGGUAUGAACGUCAACAUGCCGACCCCACUGGGCUCUCUGCCCUGCCAGUCCUACUACCAGACCCUGUCCCAGGCCCAGCAGGUGUGGAACAGUCCCCUGCUGCAGGCGGCACCCGGCAGCCUACCAGGAAGUCUCAACAGUAAGACGACGAGCAUCGAGAACCUCCGAAUGAGGGCCAAGCAGCACGCAGCCUCACUGGGACUGGAGCCACUCCCCAACUGAGGCAAAGGAGGGAAGAUCACUCAGAACCUGGACAUUUGAGCGUCUCUCCUUGUAGGUUUGUAAUUGAAGGUUGGCAAAUUUGGUAAGGCCAAGGUGAAAAGCAGCUCAUGUUGACUAAAAAAAGCAGAUGAUAAGAAAAAAACAGUCAAUUUUCAUACACUGUGAUACAAGGUCACGCAGUACUGUCACUAAUGACACUGAAACAUUGAACUAAACCUGUACCACACUAUCCUGUCCUACUGCAGCACAGCUUUAAAAACCAUGAAUUUGUCUCUCUACUCAAAAUAUGAUUACAAGUGCUACACAACAUGAAUCAUUUACAUUCAAAACCUUUUUUUCGCAUGUUUUUUUUGUUAAUGUGAAUCCAGACACAACUUCAGUAAAUAGUGUCAUGUGACUGAUGUUAUAAACACCAAUACUUUUUUUUUGCCUUAACUAAAUUCAUGUUGCUUAGCGCAUGUAGUGACAUUUUAGGAACACUAAAAAUGUUCCUCCAUCAGUAAGGUUUAUCCUACACCUUUUUUUAUUUUUUAUUUCAAACAACAGCACUUUCUGUUAAAAACAUACUUUUUUCUUACCAUAGUUUGUUAAAAUACAGUUCCGCUAAAUCUGAAUAAGAAUUCCUCUGCAUGAACGAUUCAUAUUAAGAUUAAUAUAAGAUAGUAAGAACUACAUAUACUGACCAGACAGUUUCCAUCUUCUUAUCCCCUUUAAAGCUCCGUUUCUCAAAUGGUGGAUCCUGGUGGAUUAAAAUGUACCAGUUUCUUUAUAUACCACAGAGUACUAUCUGCUAAACCUGGCUUCUACUGUGAGUCGUGGACUUCACAUCCACAUCACUGAGACAGAAACAGUCACAUUAUCAGUGUAAAUAUUGUCUACAUCUCCUUCAUCCGCCUGCUCAGCAGAAUUUUAACGCAGCAACUAAAAGGUGACGAGUCACGUGUGAAAAUAAACCAGACACUGUGGUCUUUUGUCAGCCUUGGUGCAAGAAUGAACUGUUGCAGCACAGAGACGUAUUAGGCCAAAUCUGUGUGUAUCAUAUUUCUGUAUAUUAAAGAUAUGUAAGUCACUCGUUCUAAAUGUCAGUAAUUUAUCUGUAAAAAUUUAAAGGAAUAAAUGACACAAACUCUAAGAAUGACUCGGUGUAGUUCUGUGUUUUUGUGUUUUUAUCUUGUACAUUUCUUUUGUCUAACUCAGAUGACUUUAACUCCAGCUCUACCUAUCAUUUUAACAUACACAUCUGUUUGACCUGCUCCUGCUGUACUGACUGAAAAUCAUCAGUUAUUUAUA